AUGUUGUCCUCGGCAGCUGCUCAGCGAGCGCGCCAGCUCGUUCAGCAGACCACCAAAAUUGUUCGCAACACAACAACGGUUAGCACACCUUCAAUCGAGCCGUGGCAGUCCCAGUACAUCAAGAAUAGAGCCGCUUCGUCCUCCGCGUCUGAGUCCGCACCCUCCCCUUUCUACCUCACAGCUACCGCCAGCGCCGCAACAGCUGCCGCCAUUGGUUCAGCAGCGUAUUAUUAUCAAUAUGCUGGGAAAGAUGCUUUCGCUAUGACUCCUGCUGAAGAAGGUCUCCACCCGCCUCAGUAUCCCUGGGAGCAUACAAGAUGGACAAAGACCUACGAUCAUGCUACUCUCCGCCGAGGUUUCCAGGUGUAUCGAGAAGUUUGUGCCGCCUGUCACUCACUGAGCCGCAUCCCGUAUCGCAAGAUCGUUGGUUCCUUCGCGACAGUGGACGAAAUGAAGGCUAUGGCUGAGGAGAAUGAGUACGAUAACGAGGAUCCCAAUGACGAGGGCGAAAUUGAGAAGCGGCCUGGCAAGCUGUCCGAUUACCUCCCCGCUCCCUACAAGAACGAUGAAGCUGCUCGCGCGGCGAACAACGGUGCUCUGCCUCCCGAUCUAUCACUCAUGGUGAAGGCUCGUCACGGUGGUGUCAACUAUAUCUUCGCGCUUCUGACCGGUUACCCCGAGGACCCUCCCGCUGGCGCUGUCGUGCAAGAUGGUCUGAACUUCAACCCCUACUUCCCUGGUACCGGUAUCGCCAUGGCCCGUGUUCUGUAUGAUGGCCUCGUUGAGUACGAGGAUAAAACUCCCGCUACCACCUCGCAGAUGGCUAAGGAUGUGGUCGAGUUCCUCAACUGGGCUGCCGAGCCGGAGGCUGAUGAGCGCAAGAAGAUGGGUCUGAAGGUCUUGGUCGUCACUUCUGCUCUCUUUGCUUUGUCGAUCUGGGUCAAACGCUACAAGUGGUCGCCGGUCAAGACAAGGAAGCUCGUCUACAACCCUCCUGCUGAGACAAAGGUCAGGCGAUGA